UAUGUUAAUCUGCUGUUUACCAUUUCGAGCAGACUACUAUAUCCGGGAGAAGAACUGGAUUUAUGGGGAUGUUCCUUGUCGUCUAAAAGUACUUUUUAUUUCCUUAAAUCGAGCAGGAAGCAUCAUGUUCCUCACAGCGAUGGCAAUCAAUCGGUAUUUUAAAGUAGUCCACCCUCACCACAGGGUGAAUACGACUUCUACAAAGUGUGCAGUGAAGGUAGCCGGCAGCUUGUGGAUUCUGGCCGUGGCAGUUUGCUCACAUCUUUUAGCAGAACCUCGCUCCUUCGAGCACGACAACCGGACAUACUGUGAACCCUUUGACAUGUCGAAUCCUCUCCGUCCCACAGCAAUUUGGACCGAUAUUGUUUUUAUUCUUUUCAAGUUUGCUAUCCCGGCUCCGAUUAUCCUCUUCUCCACGUCCUGCAUCAUCUGGAAGUUAAACCAGAUAAAAAUUGAGUUGAGAAGUAAAUACAAAAGAGCAAUGAAGCUUGUGAUCGCGGUGGCUGCAGUGUUUGUGAUUUGUUUCUUACCCACAAACAUUGCCGUUAUUGCUGUGUUAAUCGCGAAACUCAGAGGCGCUGAAGGCUGCAAAUCAUAUGAGACAGCUGUUCAUGUCUUUUAUAAUACACUAUUUAUGACAUAUCUGAACAGUGUCCUGGAUCCAGUUAUUUACUACUUUUCAAAAGAGAUGCACAGAUACCUGAUUAAGCUAACCAAAGCAUUCCAGUCAAAGAAGCCUAUCAAGUACCAGAGAAGGAAGAAGAAAGAGCUCCAACGUUUAAAAAUAUUAAUCCUGGUGACUGUACUAUUCAAGGAGAAAGUUGCUGGCUGGGGUGUUGAGAUGGCCCUAGAUCAGAUAAGUGACCUUGUGUAUGACAUCAAAAAACUUGCCAACCCAACUACCCACGCUUUGAAGCUGGUGAGCAAAGAGUUACAGGAGCCCUGGAUGAUGACACUUCGCAUUGGCUAG